CAAAUUUUCUAGCACUCGUUCUUGCUUUUAGUAAACUACACAAGCUUAAGGACAACUAAUCAAGUAGCCUACUGUAGGUCUAACAUUUAAGUUAUUAACGCCCCGCGUUAGUGAAAUGGUUCAUAUUUAUUUAGAAAUUUUGACGAACAACAAUCAUUUUAUUAGCCUAUUAUUGCUGAAAACAGGAACAUACAAAACACAACAUAUCAAAAGUAGGGACACUUGAAAAGACAAUAACAAAAGUAAAACAUGGUAAAAAAUAAAUAAAAUACAAUAAAUAAAGCAAAUAUUUAAAUAUAUUUUUUUUAAAAACAACGACAAAAAAAUGCAAUAAAGGGCCAUUAUUUUACAUAAGAUUUCUUAUACGAAGACUUUAAAUGCGGAGCAAAUUCUAACAGCCUUCAUAGCAUUCACAUUAAAAUAAUUCUCCUUAAAAAGAGCUCAAAGACAGGUUUACAAUCUCGCGCUGAACCUGUAUUUAUAAUGGUGUGGCGUCGUGACGCUUCUGGAGGCGGAGUCAGAGUCAGACAGGUUUCACAGGUGUGUGUACAUUCACAACAACACAAGAAACCUGAGCGAAACCCUGACAAAUCACUGCUUACUUCGUCCAUUUCAGUAAAAGGCAAUGCCGGAAUCAAGCCGGCAACAUCACACAAGGGACAAAGACUACUCCAGUCGAGACAGGAGAGAUGAGGACAGGAGGUACAGAGAGGACAGGAGAACACCUGAUGGAGAUGACAGAUCACGAAGCCACCGAGAGAAACAACGAUAUGCUGACACACAAAGGGACCCCCGUGUGUACGAGGCCGCCCAAUAUCAUAGUCAGGGAGUGCCCAGUUACACCGAGACAUCAUCUUCAUACUAUGAUGACAGUCAACCCCACCAUCAUACACUUUACAACCUAAAAUACAUCACAACUAGCAGAGGCAUCUGUCAGGCCAUGGAGUUCUUCUUAGGCUUGUUGAUUGUCAUCUGUGCUGGAGUGAACCACAGUAACUCGGGUCGGUAUCGGGAUAUCGCCAGCCUAGGCGGUUUGUACCAGUACUAUUACGGAGGAGCCAACGCAUUCACCGGAGCCGAGGCGCAGAAGGUCCAGCAGCUCGACGAUCAGUUCUACCAGCUCAAACUGCCCCCUUACGUCUACAGCAUGGCAUGCGGCGGGGCGCUGAUGCUCUGCGCUUGUGCCACGCUGGCCCUCGGCGUGUUUCGCAUGCCCUACCGUUUCCCUCCUCUGCUGCUGGCUGAAGCCCUGCUGGAUGUGCUCAUAGGUCUCGGUUUUAUUCCUGCCGUCGCUUUCUACUUCAUAAAGCUGCAGGAGAUCUACAACAACCCCAUCUGUAAAGAGAGGGAAGCCAUGUACAGCAGCAAAGGUCACAGAGGAUUUGAGUGCAAUCUCAAUGGGGCAGACAUAGCAGGAGGCUUGUUUGGUGUUCUGGGGAUUAUUAUAUUCCCCCUAAGCGCCGUGUUGGCCAUCAGAGCCUUCAUACGAGUGAGGAAGAUGAAGCAGAGGCCGGCAGAAGACAACAACCUGUGAAGGUCACGCUAUUUCAUGUGGAAAGCACAGAAGGUCCUACACCAGUGUAAAUGCUUUGGUUAGUAUUUUUACAGUAUCAGAAGGAUAUGUAUUUUUCCAUUUUUCAAAAAGAGUUUUUAUUAUGAAGGACCUUUGCAAGUUUUUUAUAUUAUGUAUACUUUUUUUCCAUAUAUUCUUCACAAACAUUAGAUUUGAUUCUUUGAUUAAAAAGAAACACACAAUAUAUUGAGUGUUGAAUUAAAAAAACACAAAAUUAAUUACUUUAUUAGGGUUUCUGCAGGUCUUUAAAGUCUUUAUUCAUCCUUUUACAAGUUAAGGUGUUCAAUCCGAUCUGAAAGUGGUAAAUUCAUAAAGUCAUGGCAAAAAAUAUCUAAACAUUCUUACUGUAAAUCGUUUUCUUGAGAUGCAAAUGUAAAAGUCUUAAAAUAUUGAAAUAUUUGAAGCGUUUAUGCUUGAAACGAGAAGAAAUGUCAAUGAGGUAUGAAAACUGGUUUUCCCUUUAAAUUAAGUUGGUUUUCUGAGCCAGAUAUUUGUUUUAACCAUAAACUCGCUUCAUUUUGAUCAAUUUCACAGAAAACGUCAUUUGGUUUCUGAAGUAAGUGUAUCAUGAUUUUAAGAAUCUUUAGACAUUUGCACCAGAAAACAACAAAAAUGAAUAACACUGUUUUGCAGUGUGAUCAGAAGGUACAGUAAAAGUAACUUCCAUAUUCUAGUGAUUGGGCUAUUAAGCUAUUCUUAUGUAAAAUUUAUUAAAAAGAUGGAGAUCGGUUGGAUGUUGUACUUUCAAACUUAUGUAUGGCUAAUACAACUCAUUGGGUUUCUCUCAAGACAUUUACAUUCAGAGAACAUACUUGCCUUUAGUUGCCUUCAAUUUAUUUUCUAAAUGUUCUGUUUGGUGUAAAAUUUACCAUCAUGAAAACCUGCAGAAGCCUUGUAUAUAUUACAUACUCAUUUAAAUGUCUGUAUUAUCUUUGGUGCCAGUGAGCCUAGUUCACAGUUUGUAAUUUAACAUAUUAAGCAAGAUCAUUUCCUUCUUUAUAUGUGUGUCUGUUACGCAACUGUAGAUAUUAAAGUA